UGCUGGUGGUCGAGGAGGGCGGGCUGAACCCUCCUCGCCCACCAGUUGCGCGCGGGAAACGCAAACAUGCCGACCAGUUGUUGUGCGCUGAAUUGUACUAACCGGAAGGAUAAAGGCAGUAGAAAGAAGUUUUUUAGAAUCCCUGCGGAACCAGGACGAAGGGCUGCAUGGCUUAGAGCCUUAAAAAGGUCAGAUUUUGAGCAGGGAAAGAAAAACCCGACCGCGGCGUGGACACCACGAGGCCACGAGAGAGUGUGCAGCGACCAUUUCAUCUCAGAUGAAGAAAUGAUCGCUGACCCUCCUCCUGAAAGUGUAGAGACUCUGAGAGACCCCCUUCCUGAAAGUGUAGAGACUCUGAGAGAACAGCUCACAAAAGUACAAGAGGAGACAUGUAAGUUGGAACAGUUUUGCGAGUCCCUUCAAAGUGAAGCUGACAACCUUAGGGAAGAACGUGAUCACCUUCAAGAACAAAUCAAGAAAUCAUCAACAUCAGCCUCCAAUCUCACAGAUGCAAAAUGCAAGCUCUUCACUGGAAUACCUACUGUUGCACUGUUUAUGUUUGUGUUUAGACUUGUUAGUGAUUUCAUUGCUCCUCUAAAGUCCAUGUGUCAGCAGGAUCAAAUACUCAUGACUCUCAUGAAGUUGAGACUAGGCCUCAAAAAUGCUGAUCUAGCUUUGAGAUUUAGUGUUUCUGCCUCCACAGUUUCAAAAGUCAUAAACCGUUGUAUUCCAAUCUUAGCUGUCCGACUAAAGUUCCUGAUUCAUUGGCCGUCCAAGGAAACCGUAAAGCGCAAUCUUCCCAAAAAAUUUCGGAAAAAAAAAUACUCAAACUGUAGAGUCAUCAUUGAUUGCUCAGAGAUUUUCACUGAGAGGCCAUACAAUUUAAAGACCCGAGCAAAGACCUGGAGUAACUACAAACACCAUCAUACGUUCAAAUUUCUGGUAGGUAUUACACCUUAUGGAGCAGUGUCAUUUCUGUCCAGUUCCUGGGGUGGAAGAAUUUCUGAUAAAGACAUUACGCUAAAAAGUCGUUUCUAUAACAAAGUGGAAUAUGGUGAUAUGAUUAUGGCAGAUCGGGGAUUCACCAUUUCUGAGGAACUUGCCUUGAAAGGAGCAACACUAGUUAUGCCACCAUUUACCACAGGAAGGCCACAACUCCCGGGGCGUAUCGUCCAAGAUGCCAGACAGAUAUCAGCUCUAAGAAUUCAUGUAGAACGUGCAAUUGAAAGAAUCAAGAACUUCCAAAUUCUCAGCCAAAUCUGUCCAUUAACAUUUGCCCCUCUACUCAGUGACAGUGUUGUUAUCUGUGCGGCUCUUACAAACUUACUUCCAAAGCUAAUCAAGUAAUUUUUAAUGGCAAUGUUGUCUGCACGAGCUGGCCUUUUCUGUAUAUCAAAAUACUGAGAUUGAAGGUAAAAUGUUAAAGGGACACAAAACAAAUUUUUGGGAAGCCCACUACAAUAUAAUAAGUAUACCACAAAGUACAAUUCUUACUUGUUUUACAUUAGUUUUUUAAAACAUGACAUAAAACUGUAAAAUGCCUUCUAUUGUUAUACUAGUAUUUUUAGUAUUUCAAACUGUCCAGUAGGAUUUAGCAUUGACAACUGGGACAGAACCAAUGGCCCCUUGGUUUUCUCUUGAUGCCAACACAUUUGUAAUGGAACCAUUCUGACUCACAUUCAUUGUUAUCACACUUUACCAUCCUACCAUAUGCUGGUUUCUGACAAGAACAGUAACGUUUGUUUGGGUCAUCAUCUUCCUGGAAAGUCACAUCUA